AACAAUAGUACCUACCUUAUAGGAUUGUUAAGAGAUCAAAUACUCUAUAUGAAAAGUACUUAGAACAGUACCAGGCACGUGGAAGUGUUGCAUUACUGCUACUAAAGCUGUGGUGGUUAUUGUAGUUUUCAUUACCUACCAGGAAUUCUGCUAGGCAUACAAAUUGAGAGUGAAAGGAUGGCUGUAGUUUCCUUAUGGAUAUUUGUCAGUUGCCAAAUAUUUUAUUUCUCUUAGCCUAUGACAUCCUGGCCAUUGAUAAGUCCCUGGCACCAAUCACCCUGGUCCUGGCAGAGGAUGGCACCAUAGUAGAUGAUGACGAUUACUUCCUGUGUCUGCCUUCUAAUACUAAGUUUGUGGCAUUGGCCGGUAAUGAGAAGUGGGCGUACAACAACUCAGACGGAGGUACUGCUUGGCUUUCCCAGGAGUCCGUGGACAUAGAUGAAACAGACAGCGGGGCAGGGGUGAAGUGGAAGAAUGUGGCCCGGCAGCUGAAGGAAGAUCUGUCCAGCAUCAUCCUCUUGUCAGAGGAAGACCUCCAAGUGCUCAUCGAUGUUCCCUGCUCAGACCUGGCUCAGGAACUAUGCCAAAGUUGUGUCACCGUCCAGGGGCUCCAGAACACCCUCCAGCAGGUGCUUGACCAGAGAGAGGAGGCCCGUCAGUCCAAGCAGCUCUUGGAGCUUUACCUCCAGGCUUUGGAGAAGGAGGGCAGCAUCUUGUCCAAGCAGCCAGAUUCCCAAGCUGGCUUCAGUGACAAGGGGGACGCAGUGGACACGGGUAUGCGCAGAGAGAGCUCCUCCGAAAUUGCCCUUUCAAGCCAGAUCCUUACUGCACUGAAGGAGAAGCCUGCUCCAGAGCUGAGUUUGUCUAGUCAGGAUUUGGAGUUGGUUACCAAGGAAGACCCCAAAGCACUGGCUGUUGCUUUGAACUGGGACAUAAAGAAGACGGAAACUGUCCAACAGGCCUGUGAUCAGGAGCUGAGCCUGCGCCUGCAGCAGAUACAGAGUUUGCAUUCGCUCAGGAACAUUUCAGCAAGGAGGAACUCGCUGCCCGGGGAACUGCAGGAUCCCAAACGAGCCAAACGAGACCCCUCCUAGCUGGAGCUGCAGAUAUGCCAAAGAGAACCCUGUGACCUUGGUUUUGUUAUCAGUAAAUCCCUUCAGCCUUUCAGCUACCUAUAUACCUCUCUGCCCCCUGCCUCAGAGCACGUUUUCCUGGGAGAGGCUGGAAGACUAUUCCAGAUCUCAGCGUCUCCCCUUCUACCCAUUUUGAAUGUCACUGCACCAAUGUAUCCCACCUCCUCUUACAUGUUCUUAUGUUCUCAGAUUUAAAGUAAUUGCAAAGGGCAGUGAAAAGAAAUUGUCAUAUUUCAGACUCACUGCCCUGUUCUAAAAAUAGAAAUGCAGAGCUUAAACAAAUAAUGGUAGAGAAGGUGAGAUAAUAGUGUUGAUUAUGGCCACAAUCUUGUUUCUCAUGUUAAUGAGCUUUUUUGUUUGUCGGUUCAAAGGCACAUAUUAAGUUUGCAUACCAUAGGGACAUACAGAGAGUCUCACCAUUUCUAUUUGGCAAUUCAGUGUUGUGAAAUUAUAUCUGAAACUCUUUUCAGUUUUCUAAUACGUUUUAUCAGCAGGGAGUAUAAAAGGUCAUUAAAUCGAUUUCCUUGCGCUAUGGCUCCAAGUCUCUCUGGGUGCAAAGCAGAGACUUCUGGUUUACGUUCUUCCUGUUUCUGUACAAACUUACUCUUCAGGUUUUGUAAUCUGGUUUGCUGGUAGGGAAAAGAUAAUGGGUUAUCAUUGACUUGGUUUUUUUUAAAGCAUUCUUAAAGGAAAAUAGAAUGCUAUUAAGAGAUACAUUGGCUAAUUAUAAGGUAAAGAAAUAUAACAGUAAGUCCAGUGGGUGCAGAAGACAAACAGAACAGAAAGAACUGUUUCCUUCUCCCGUAGUCUUUAAGGAGGCUCAGAUGUGCUCAGCACCCUUCCACUAAUGCCUCACCCUUGGUUCUCUCUCAUUAGCUCCAACAUUUCCUUUUUAAUAGCGUCUUUUGUUAUGCCUCCUUAAUUAUCCUCAAAUGAAAGCCAGGGCUGCUAACCUGCCUACACUCGUACUCUCAACAGCACUGACAGAAUACCCCAAAUGUAGUAUUUCAGAAGAAACAAGGAAAAUUUCUAAUAAAAUGGCAUGCAUCUCA